AUGUUUUCUCUGGCAUCAGGCCUGCUGCGCUGGAUAACGCAGCCGCAGGAGGUGCGCGUGCUGCUUCUGGGCCUUGAGAGGAGUGGCAAGACGACCCUCGCCUUGCAACUAAGUUCGAGCCGCAAGGGCCAGAGGGGCGGCAGUGACAGCAACGGGAGAGUGCUGCCUGCCGUGCAACCCACGAAGGGGUUUGCGUUGUACAAGGUGCAGCAGCACCAUCUGCAGCUGUUGCUGUGGGACCUAGGAGGCAGCCAGCCCUUCCGCUGUCUGUGGAGCGCGUACGUAAGGGACGCCGACCUCUGCCUCUUUGUGGUAGACAGCGCAGACCCUUGCAAGCUCCCCGAGGCUGCCGCUGCUCUUGCCGGAGUGCUUGCCGAUGUCGGUGCUGCUGCUUCGAAGCAGGAGCUCAAGCGAAGCCUGCCAGCGCGCGUGCCCGUGCUGGUCGUCUGCAGCAAACAGGACGAGCCGGGGGCGGCGCAGCCUGAAGCGUUGCUGCAGCGCUUGGUGCUGCUGCUGUUGGAGCAGCGGCAGGAAGCGAAGCAACAGCAGCAACCCCUGGAGCAGCUGAUCAGAAAACACCUUGCGGGGUGUGUUGGCUUCGACGCGCGCAGCCUCACGGGACUGGAGACAGUGCUGCGGCACGCAGCUGCAGCAGCGGGGACGCAGCACGAGCACCGUCAGGCGGACAUAGUUGCCACUGCCCUCGCAACAGCAGCAGCAGAAGCAGAAGCAGCAGCAGCUGCAGCAGCAGCAGCAGCGGCUGCCAGACAGCUGCCCCCCUCGGUGCCGAUCGCAGCCUCCACGGACUUGCGCCCACCUGAUGAGCAGCCGGAGGAAACUCCCGAGCACGAUCCCCUGGAAGACUCUUCGCAGCGGCAGCGGCGGAAGCAGCCUCUCGAGCAGUCACCACCAACGAACGACCCCCAGCUACGUGCGAAGAUUCAAAAUGAAAAGAUCCCCGCAGAAGCGACGGUUCAACAGCAGCCUGGAGCCACGAGCAGCAGCAGCAAUCACCGCUCCCGUUCGAAUAGCGAGCGGGGCGCAGAUGCUCGUGUACCGGCGUUUAAGAGGGGCAGUGGGCAGGCGACUAAGGGCGGGAGUGGAUGGGGGGUGAGUGCGCAGUGGUUCGCCGCAGCACGGAGGCGUGCAGGGGUCACACCACGGCUAUUUUCCUUCAGUCGAAAUGAAAGACUCGAUUCUCAGCAAAAACGCGGAUAA